AAUGUCCUUUCACCUCACGAAACGCAUAUUUCAAGUUCUUGCUUCAUUGUGUUGAUGUCUCUUGCUUGUAGACGGUUUUGAGUAUCCGCGGGUAGGUUAUAGCAGGAACAAACCGGGCAACUAAUGCUUGCUAGUCUGUUUUGAAUCAAGGACGUCAAUAGCCAACUAAGGCUACUGCAAACUUUAUCCCUUUGCUGAUACAUGGUUGGGCGUGGAACUAUCCAGACAAUGUCAGCUUCAACAGUAAGUUUUAUUUCUUUAUUAACAUUACCAUAGCCAGCCUUGCCAUUUAUCAGUCAUUCUGAUAUUUAUUUUCAUCCAGCUGAUUACUCAACCCUAAAAGUGAGUAGUGAUGGAGAGACGGUUCAGGGCAGCCGAAAAUAUAAUUUUGGCUAAGAAAAAUAUUUCACAGCGGUUUAGAUGGUACAAUGAUUUUCUACACUUGCUUGUCUCUUCACAUAAACUUAAAUUAGGCGCUCAUAGAAUGUUAGCAACCAGGAAAUGGCGGAGCGAUUUCUGCAUAGUGCAUAUUUAAGAUGCUUUUGGGAAACCGGGCCCUGCAUAUUUAUUCUGCCCUUCUCACAGUUAUCGGCAGAACAUGACCAGCACACGCGGACAACCAGCCGUUCCAAGCCCGGCUUCCUGGAGCGUCUGAGUGAAACCGCAGGGGGAACAGUUCUUGGUGUUGCACUGUUCGCGCUCUCUUUUUACGUCCUUUUCACCAAUGAGGCGAGUAGUUUCAAACAGUGUACACUACCGUUCAAAAGUUUGGGGUCACUUAGAAAUUCUUAUUUUCGAAAGAAAAGCUUUUUUUUUUGUCCAUUAAAAUAACAUCAAAUUGAUCCGAAAUACAGUGUAGACAUUGUUAAUGUUGUAAAUGGCUAUUGUAGCUGGAAACGGCUGAUAUAUAUAAUUUAUUUUUUAUUUUUAUGGAAUAUCUAAAUUGGCCUACAGAGGCCCAUUAUCAGCAACCAUCAGCCCUGUGUUCCAAUGGCACGUUGUGUUUGCUAAUCCAAGUUUAUCAUUUUAAAAGGCUAAUUGAUCAUUAGAAAACCCUUUUGCAAUUAUGUUAGCACAGCUGAAAACUGUUGUGCUGAUUUAAAGAAGCAAUAAAACGGGCCUUCUUGAGACUAGUUGAGUAUCUGGAGCAUCAGCAAUUAUGGGUUCGACUACAGGAUCAAAAUGGCCAGAAACAAAUAACUUUCUUCUGAAACUUGUCAGUCUAUUCUUGUUCUGAGAAAAGAUGGCUAUUCCAUGUGAGAAAUUGCCAAGAAACUGAAGAUCUCAUACAACGCUGUGUACUCCCUUCACAGAACAGCGCAAACUGGCUCUAACCAGAAUAGAAAGGAGUGGUAGGCCCCGGUGCACAACUGAGCAAGACCUGUGAGGCGUCUGUUUCUCAAAAACUAGACUAAUGUAUUUGUCCUCUUGCUCAGUUGUGCACCGGGGCCUCCCACUCCUCUUUCUAUUCUGGUUAGAGCCAGUUUGCGCUGCUCUGUGAAGGGAGUAGUACUCAGCGUUGUACGAGAUCUUCAGUUUCUUGGCAAUUUUUUGCAUGGAAUAGCCAUCAUUUUUCAGAACAAGAAUAGACUGACGAGUUUCAGAAGAAAGUUACUUGUUUCUGGCCAUUUUGAUCCUGUAAUCGAACCCACAAUUGCUGAUGCUCCAGAUACUCAACUAGUCUCAAGAAGACCCGUUUCUAUUGCUUCUUUAAUCAGCACAACAGUUUUCAGCUGUGCUAACAUAGUGCCUUGCAAAAGUAUUCAUCCCCCUUGGCGUUUUUCCUAUUUUGUUGUAUUACAACCUGUAAUUUAAGUUUAUUUUUAUUUGGAUUUCAUGUAAUGGACAUACACAAAAUAAUCCAAAUUGGUGAAGUGAAAAAAUAAAAUAAAACUUGUUGCAAAAAAUUCUAAAAGAUAAAUAACGGGAAAGUGGUGCGUGCAUAUGUAUUCACCCCCUUUGCUAUGAAGCCCCUAAAUAAGAUCUGGUGCAACCAAUUACCUUCAGAAGUCACAUAAUUAGUUAAAUAAAGUCCACCUGUGUGCAAUCUAAGUGUCACAUGAUCUCAGUGUAUGUGUGUGUGUAUAUAUAUAUAUAUACACCUGUUCUGAAAGGCCCCAGAGUCUGCAACACCACUAAGCUAGGAGCACCACUAAGCAAGGAGCACCACCAAGCAAGCGGCACCAUGAAGACCAAGGAGCUCUCCAAACAGGUCAGGGACAAAGUUGUGGAGAAGUACAGAUCAGGGUUGGGUUCUAAAAAAAAUAUCUGACACUUUGAACAUCCCACGGAGCACCAUUUUAAAUCCAUUAUUAACAAAUGGAAAGAAUAUGGCACCACAACAAACCUGCCAAGAGAGGGCCGCCCACCAAAACUCACGGACCAGGCAAGGAGGGCAUUAAUCAGAGGCAACAAAGAGACCAAAGAUAACCCUGAAGGAGCUGCAAAGCUCCACAGCGCAGAUUGGAGUAUCUGUCCAUAGGACCACUUUAAGCCGUACACUCCACAGAGCUGGGCUUUACGGAAGAGUGGCCAGAAAAAAGCCAUUGCUUAAAGAAAAAAAAUACGCAAACACGUUUGGUGUUCGCCAAAAGGCAUGUGGGAGAAUCUCCAAACAAAUGGAAGAAGGUACUCUGGUCAGAUGAGACUAAAAUGUAGCUUUUUGGCCAUCAAGGAAAACGCUAUGUCUGGCGCAAACCCAACACCUCUCAUCACCCGAGAACACCAUCCCCACAGUGAAGCAUGUUGGUGGCAGCAUCAUGCUGUGGGGAUGUUUUUAAUCGGCAGGGACUGGGAAACUGGUCAGACUUGAAGGAAUGAUGGAAGGCGCUAAAUACAGGGAAAUUCUUGAGGGGAAACCUGUUUCAGUCUUCUGGAGAUUUGAGACUGGGACGGAGGUUCACCUUCCAGCAGGACAAUGACCCUAAGCAUACUGCUAAAGCAACACUCGAGUGGUUUAAGGGGAAACAUUUAAAUGUCUUGGAAUGGCCUAGUCAAAGCCCAGACCUCAAUCCAUUUGAGAAUCUGUGGUAUGACUUAAAGAUUGCUGUACACCAGUGGAACCCAUCCAACUUGAAGGAGCUGGAGCAGUUUUGCCUUGAAGAAUGGGCAAAAAUCCCAGUGGCUAGAUGUGCCAAGCUUAUAGAGACAUACCCCAAGAGACUUGCAGCUGUAAUUGCUGCAAAAGGUGGCUCUACAAAGUAUUGACUUUUGGGGGGGUGAAUAGUUGUGCACGCUCAAGUUUUCUGUUUUUUUGUCUUGUUGGUUUCACAAUAAAACAUAUUUUGCAUCUUCAAAGUGGUAGGCAUGUUGUGUAAAUCAAAUGAUACAAACCCCCAAAAAAUCAAUUUUAAUUCCAGGUUGUAAGGCAACAAAAUAGGAAAAAUGCCAAGGUGGGUAAAUACUUUCGCAAGCCACUAAUUGCAAAAGUUUUCUAAUGAUCAAUUAGCCUUUUAAAAUGAUCAACUUGGAUUAGCAAACACAACGUGCCAUUGGAACACAGGACUGAUGGUUGCUGAUAAUGGGCCUAUGUAGAUAUUUCAUAAAAAAUCAGCAGUUUCCAGCUACAAUAGCCAUUUACAACAUUAACAAUGUCUACACUGUAUUUCUGAUCAAUUUGAUGUUAUUUUAAUGGACAAAAAAAAAUGCUUUUCUUUCGAAAACAAGGACUUUUCUAAGUGACUCCAAACUGUUGAACGGUAGUGUAUGUAGCAGCACAGUAAAGUGUAUGUCUGUGGACAUUUCUAGAAUAUUGUAUCAUUGAAACAAAAUAUUUCUGAAAUAUGACAUGUUUCAGAUAAACCGUGUGUGUGUAGAAUAGGCUAUUUUAGCAUGUAUAGGCCUCCAGUAGUCCAACAGUUGGUUUCCCCACACAGGGAAGGGCCCUGAGAACCGCUACCUCCCUGGAUGAGGGUCUCUCUCAGGUGGUGUCCCUGCACCUGUACUCCAGCCCACUGGACCAUAACAACAACCAUCUGGUUCACCUGACAGCCCCACUGCGCACCUUACAGGUAUAGGCCUACAAUACUCACCACUAUACAUUACUAUUACCAGUCUCAUCACCUGACCCAAAUUCUAUUAGAGGUGCUGGUACAACUGAGCGCUGCUGUAACUCUUGUGUAAUAAUAAACCAAUAUAGGCCUGCCACUGUUACUAUUCAGUUCUCCUACUGCUCAAAUGCUUUACAGAAAGGUUCCCUUAAGCCUCUUUCUGAUCUCAUUUCUUUACCUGGGCUCAUAUCCACAAAGCAUCUCAGAGUAGGAGGUGCUGAUCUGGGAUCUGUCCAUAUAAAUCGUAUUUAUUCAGCACUCCUACUCAGAGUUGCUUUGUGGAUAUGGUCCCUGAUCUUAACCUGUCAUCACGUCCUCCUCCCAUCCCUCUCCUCUCUAGCCCCUCCAUGACCCGAACUACAGAGUGGCGGUGCAGGCGGUAAAGCUGAAGAGACAGGUGGAGAUGUACCAAUGGGUGGAGUACAGCGAGAGCAGGUGAGUCAGGGUCUUAUGAUCUGGCAGGUACAGUGCAUUCAGAAAUGAUUCAUACCCCUUGACUUAUUCCACAGUUAGUUGUGUUACAGCCUGAAUUCAAAAUGUAUUAAAUAAAAAACACCCAUCCACACACUACUCCAUAAUGACAGUGAAAACAUGUUUUUAGAAAUUUAUUGAAAAUGAAAUAUUUAAUUCACAUGAGUAUUCACACCCCUGAGUGUUAGAAUCACCUUUGGCGGUCAGUCUUUCUGGGUACGUUUCUGAGCUUUGCACACCUGGGUUGUAUAAUAUUCGCACAUUUUGCUUUUUAAAAUUCUCCAAGCUCUGUCAAGUUAGCCAUUUUCAAGUCUUGCCAUAGAUUUUGAAGCCUUUUAUUUAUAUAUAUAUAUAUAUAUAUACACCCCCCCCUUUAAAAAAAUAUAUAUUAUUAUUGUUUUUAUUUUAUUUAUUUCUUCUAUAAAGAAAUUUGGUCAACUUUAACUAGGACAUUCAGGAACUUUCAAUGUUGUCUUGGUAAGCAACUCCAGUGUAUAUUUGGCCUUGUGUUUUAAGUUAUUGUCCUGCUGAAAGGUGAAUUUGUCUCCGAGUGUCUGUUGGAAAGCAGACUGAACCAGGUUUUCCUCUAGGAUUUUUACCUGUGCUUAGCUCUGUUCCAUUUUUUAAAUAUUUUUUUUUAAUCCUAAAAACUCCACUAGUCCUUGCUGAUGUCAAGCAUACCCAUAUCAUGAUGCAGCCAGCACCAAGCUUACAAAUAUGAAGAGUGGUACUCAGUGUUGGAUUUGCCUCAAACAUAACCCUUUGUAUUCAGGACAUAAAGUUAAUUUAUUUGUCAAUUUUUUUGCAGGUUUACUUUAGUGCCUUAUUGCAAACAGGAUGCAUGUUUUGUUUUGGAAUACUUUUAUACUGUAUAGGCUUCCUUCUUUUCACUGUCAUUUGUUAGUAUUGUGGAGUAACACCUGGUAUCUUUGUAGUGACUGGGUGUAUUGAUACACCAUCCAGUGUAAUUGAUAACCUCACCAUGCUCAAAGGGAUAUUCAAUGUCAGCUUUUUUCCCCAUCAACCAAUAGGUGCCCUUCUUUCCGAGGCAUUGGAAAACCUCCCUGGUCUUUGUGGUUGAAUCUGUUAGAAAUUCACUGCUCAACUGAGGGACCUUACAGAUAAUUGUAUGUGUGGGGUACAGCGGUGAGGUUGUCAUUCAAAAAUCAUGUUAAACACUUAUUGCACAGAGUGAGUCCAUGCAACUUAUUAUGUGACUUGUUAAGCAAAUCUUUACUCCUGAACUUAUUUAGGCUUGCCAUAACAAAGGGGUUGAAUACUUAAGACAUUUCAGCUUUUCAUCUUUAAUUCAUUUGUAAAACUUUAUAAAAACAUAUUUCCACUUUGACAUUAGGGAUUAUUGUGUGUAGGUCAGUGACACAAUCUCAAUUUACCAAUUUUUAAAUUCAGGCUGCAACACAACAAAAUGUGUGAAAGUCAAUGUGAAUACUUUCUGAAGGCACUGUAUGUAGGGUUGAGCUAACUGGUGGACAGGACUAUGAUCGUCAUUCCUCAUCAGUUACUGACGGGUCUCAUUUUCACCGACCUUCACUGGGUACGUUUACAUGCGCACGAUCAUAUGGUUAUUGUGAAUAUUCAGUUUAAAGAUAAUAGUUUAAAAUGUUUACAUGCUUUGCAAGAAAUUUCCCUAAUAAUCCUGUUAACAUGGACACACCUGAAAUCAGGAUACCUGCUGGGACUUUGAUAAAUGCCGAAAAUUGCCAAUCACACAGCGACUGUUGUUUUUGUGAAGUGUAUUUGAUUCUGAGUUCGGACAUAUAAAGUUUGUAUGUGGAAACUAUUUCUAAGAUGCAUACAGUGCAUUCGGAAAGUAUUCAAACCCCUUGACUUUUUCCACAUUUUGUUACGUUACAGCCUUAUUCUAAAAUGGAUUAAAUAAAAACAAUUUGAUCUACACACAAUACCCCAUAAUGACAAAGCGAAAACAGGUUUUUGCUAAUGUAUUACAAAUAAACAACUUAUUUACAUAUGUAUUCAGACCCUUUGCUAUGAGACUCUCAAGUGCAUCAUGUUUCCAUUGAUCAUCCUUGAUGUUUCUACAACUUGAUCGGAGUCCACCUGUGGUAAAUUCAAUUGAUUGGACAUGAUUUGGAAAGGCGCACACACGUGUGUGUGUGUGUGUGUGUAUAUAUGGUCCCACAGUUGACCGUGUAUGUCAGAGCAAAAACCAAGCCAUGAGGUCGAAGGAAUUGUCCGUAGAGCUCCGAGACAGGAUUGUGUUGAGGCAGAGAUCUGGGGAAGGGUACCAAAACAUUUAUGCGGCUUUGAAGGUCCCCAAGAACACAGUAGCCUACAUCAUUCUUAAAUGGAAGAAGUUUCGAACCACCAAGACUCUUCCUAGAGCUGGCCGCCCGGCCAAACUGAGCAAUCGGGGGAGAAGGGCCUUGGUCAGGGAGGUGACCAAGAACCCGAUGGUCACUCUGAUAGAGUUCCUCUGUGGAGAUGGGAGAACCUUCCAGAAGGACAAACCAUCUGUGCAGCACUCCACCAAUCAGGCCUUUAUGGUAGAGUGGCCAGACGGAAGCCACUCCUCAGUAAAGGGCACAUGACAGCCCGCUUGGAGUUUGCCAAAAGGCACCUAAAGGACUCUCAGACCAUGAGAAGCGCUCAAGACCUCAGACUGGGGCGACGGUUCAAUUUCCAACAGGACAACGACCCUAGGUUCACUUUCCAACAGGAAAAUGACCCUAAGCACAAAGGCAAGACAGCGCAGGAGUGGCUUCGGGACAAGUCUCUGAAAUGUCCUUGAGUGACCCAGCCUGAGCCCGGACUUGAACCCGAUCUAACGUCUCUGGAGAGACCUGAAAAUAGCUACGCUCCCCAUCCAACCUGACCGCGCCUGAGAGGAUCUGUAGAGGAGAAACUGAGAAACUCUCAAAAUAAAGGUGUGCCAAGCUUGAAGCAUCAUACCCAAGAAGACUCAAGGCUGUAAUCGCUGCCAAAAGUGCUUUAACAAAGUACUGAGUAAAGGGUCUGAAUACUUAUGUAAAUGUGAUAUUUAAAAAAUAUCUAUACAUUUGCAAAUUCUGAACCUGUUUUUGCUUUGUCAUUAUGGGGUGUUGUGUGUAGAUUGAAUUUAAAAAAUCCAUUUUAGAAUAAGGCUGUAACAUAACAAAAGGUGAAGGGGUCUGAAUACUUUCCGAAUGCACUGUACUUUCAGUUUUUCCAAACUCACUUCACUCGUGCAAAAGAGGGAGGCUCGCUAGGCUGGUGCUAACACAUGCGUAGAUCAAAUAUACCCCUGGUGUUCACAUUUUCCUAAUAAUUCGAAAGAUUGCUUAGAAAUCCAGGUGCUUUAAUCGGCGUAUGCUUACUUUGAUUAUGACCUGACGCAGAGUAAGGUGUUUACAUGACUAAUUAUUAGUGUGCCUGUGUAAACACUCAUUUUGUGUCUUUGCUGAACUGAUUUUCAGGCACAUGCUAUUCGUUUGUUUGUUCAUUCACUCACUACUUAACCAACAGCCGAUUCAGGGAAUCCAUAGCUCCUACUCAUUCAGAAUGAAUACUGUGGUUGUGUUUAGGCAGCUACAUGUGUCAGAUGUGUGUGUGUGUUUAUUUGUAACCUGCUAGUGACUAUUCCUCAGAGACUAUGACGAGGGUGGAGAGUCCAAGACUGAGACUACGUACAACUACAGUAAGUACAGACCAGUGGAGGCUGCUGAGGGGAGGACGGCUCAUAGUAAAGGGCUGAAACUGAGUAAAUGGAAUGGCAUCAAACACAUGGAAACCAUGUGUUUUGUAUUUGAUACCAUUCCGCUGUUAUCACGAGCUCGUACUCCCCCCAAUGAAGGUGCCACAAACCUCCUGUGGUACACACAGUGAAGAACAACAAAAUGUACUACAUUACUUACUUCAGUAGCAACAUGCAUGCCAUGCCAGUGAAAUGUAUCAGAUCCUAACUCUUUCUUCAGAUACAGAGUGGAAGGCAGAGCUUAUCAACAGCAGGAACUUUGAUAAAGAGAUUGGUCACAUCAACCCGAGGUACUCCAAUUAUUUUGUCUUCUCGGUCUCAUUCUUUCUGUCUCACUCAUUGUCAGUCACAACUACAGCAGGUAUUAUGUUAAUGAACUGGUACAGAGGUAUUUUGUUGUCUCUACCUAACAUGCUGGUGCAUUUACAGUGCCAUGGCAGUGGAGAGUGUAACAGUGGUGACUCCUGAUGUUCAGGUUGGACCUUUCUCGCUCUCCAAAGGUAUCUACAGAACACAGGCUAGCAGCUCCAUUGCUUGUCUAACAACUUUUGAAAUGUAUCCCGGUGAUUUGGUUAAUUUAUUAAUUUGUUUAAUUUUCUCCUGAGGAUUGGUGGAUCAGAUUGAGAACUUCCAGACAUUGCGUCUGAAGGAUCUCCCCGCUCCUGACUCUGACUCCUUUCUCACGGUCGAUGAGGACUACUUCUACCACACCCAACACCCCCGCAGACCAGAGGUGAGUGUCACUCACAACACUGGCUGCGUUUAGACAAGCAGCCCAAUUCUUCUGAUAUUUUAUCCCACUCAUUGGUAUUUUGACCUAUCAAGUCAGAUCUUUUCAGAGCUGCUCUGAUUUGUCAAAAGACCAAUUAUUGAAAAAAAAUAUCAGAAUAUGGCUGCCUGUCUAAACGCUCAAAGCUUUUCUAACGAUGGCUCACUACACAAACAUAUAGCUUUUUACACAAUGAUUCACCAACAUAAACCUACAGUUUUUCACACGACAACUCACCUUCAUAAAUAAAUAUAUAUAUAUAUAGCUGUUAACAUAAAGGCUGGUAUGCACAGGCUCAUGCCAUUCUAUUGUGACUUAAACUCUGGUGAUUUGAUUUGUUGGUUGUUUAGGUGGGAGACGUGCGUGUGAGCUUCUCCUAUGCUGGACUCAGUGGGGAAGGGAGCUACCCUGGGCCAGCCCAGACAGUGAGUACAUAGAGCUCAGGAGCUUUACACUGACCUCCAGUUGGUCCAUGGUGGUCAGCUUGUAGAUUGCUUUUGUCAACUUGUGAAAUGUCCAUCUCCCGAUGGAGAAUAAAGUUCUUAUUUUCUACUCUCUGUUAUCAGUUAUUGAAGUCAUUAUUCAUCAUUAAUCACUAAAUACUGCCCCCAAGUACCCCUUAAGUCACUGUGUACUACAUAAGUCCAUAAUCCUCUUCAAAUGAACUGUCAGUGGAACAACUCUUAUCAUCAACUGAUUGCUAACUGGAGUACCCUAACUGAUCUGAGAGCCUGGUGUCCCACAGGUCAGUGUUGUGGCCAUGCAGAGUGAUGACACCUUGAAGCCCUUUAGGACCAAAUCAGGAGACAUACUAGAGAUCAUCUACCUGGAGGAGCUCACUGCUGAGGUGUGGGGGGUGGGGCUUUCAUUUUUUGAAGGAUGUGAUUUUUCUUGAUUACUUUUCUGACAAUAUCCUCUUCAUCCAUCACUGAAAUGUACCUACUCUGAACCAUGUCUUGUUUUUCCUGAUUUUCUAUACUACCUCGAUCACAUCCCUGAUAGUUUUGUUUUGGUUGUGUUGGUAGGAAGUGUUUGAGAGGGAGCAAAAGAACAAUGCUAUGCUGACCUGGGCUCUCAGGGCUGGAGGCUGGUUACUCAUGUUCCUCGGCAUUAGUCUGAUGAUCCGCAUCAUCCACACACUGGGUAACACACCGCAUUGGUUAACUCGAUACCUAAUUUUACUUUUCAUAAGCAUACAGACAUGAUCUUAUGUUCCAGUCUAAACUUAACUGCUCUGUAUGCAUGUCAGUGUCUCUCUUAACAUGUGUAUUUUGUUAUCCAGUGGAUUGGGUCCCUAUUCUUAGAGAGCUGAUCAGCUUGGGGCUGAAGCUCUUUGCCCUGUGUGUUUCCUGCUCCCUCUCCCUGCUCACCAUCUCCUCUGGCUGGAUCUUCUACCGCCCCCUAGUGGCUGUGGGGCUGAUUGCCAUGGCUGUGAUUCCGAUCGUCAUCGCCCGCUCUCGCGCCCCGGCCAAGAAACACCAAUGACGUUUUGAACUGAAUGACCCUUGUCAUCAGUGCUCCAAUCCUUGCAGAACAGUCAUUUGAGAGCCAUUGUCUUGUCACCUCACUUUACCCAACACACCCUUAAUGUGCCAUAUGCCAAUGACAGACCCCUCAGGAAUUUAGAUAAUGGGUAUAAUGUGGUCAUUCUAAUAAAAGUACAGAACAAUAUGGAUGUUACAUAGGACAAUAUGAAAUACAUUUGCACAUAUUGAAACAAUGUUAUUGAACAAGUUUUGCAAUAAUACCAAAGACCUUAGAAGGGAUAUUUACGCAUGUAAGGCAUUUGAUUGUAUACACGUUUGUACAAGUUAUGAGUAUGUUACAAAAUGUUAAAUAAAACUUUAAUUUGUCCAUCCUCUGUGCUGAAAGCUUAGUAUGGGCAGAUGUAAGCAGAACUCCUUUUAGUUCUGGCGAAGCAGACAAACAAAGGACAAUGAUACUGUAGCAACCCUAACCCAAUAACCUAUCCACCUUUUCAAGAUGCUCAGACUUCUUGGUGUAACGGUUAAGGUGUUGCCUUGACAGUCGCUGGAUCCGGGCUACCCCCUGAAUUUGCUACAUUGGUGUCAGAAGUAGGAUGGUGCCCGUGAGGCCAUUAGAGAAGUGUGUACACAUAAGGGACUUGGUAUAGGGAAAUAAGGUCACUACCCACCCCGAAUUCGCUACAAUACUUUCCUCUCACUGAUAUCCCAACGACUAUACAGUAUCUCAAUUUGGCUUCUUACAUCGAUCAUCCUGUUCCUAUUAACUUCCACCGUCUCAGGUCUUAGAGGUAUUUAUUACACAAAGACACGUGUGUUAAACUGAGUGGUCCAGUCUUGUCCGUGUGUGCAUAUGAAUAGAUGCACAUAGGGCUUUAUAUGAAGCACAUUUAUUUCAACAAUGUUAUGCCUGUGUGCAUAAUAAAAAAACUAAAAAAUUAUCAAGCCUAUGGGUCACAGUGUAUGGGUACCCCACCCUGAUUGGCUAUGGAGACAUUCCUCAGUUCAGUGGGUGGGGCUCAAGCACUUAAUUGGCAGG